AGAUGACGUGCAACUUCGUAGAACUACAUAACAACCACUAGGCGUGUCCGGCUUCCUUCGUCUGCCUGGUAUAUAAACCCCAGCGGCCGUCCAUGAGUCAGUCAGCGCUGAACCUUCCGCGUGAGCAGGUAACCAGUGAAGACGUGCCGUGUCAAGAGCAGUAGUGAGGAUGGUGAUGACACUGAGGACAGUGGUGAUGGUGACGCUGCUGGGGAUGGCCGCCGCCCACCAGAUGUUGUGGGGCAACUGUCGUGAAGUCAAACCCUUCCCUAAUUUCAGCCCAGACAGGUUCAACGGCACCUGGUACGUGAUAAAGAAGACGGUCACGACAAGCAGGUGUUUCAGCACCAUCUUUAACUGGCAGGGGGACGACAUCUUCAAGGUACACGAAAUCAGCACGCCCAUCUUAUCUGACAUCCUUCCCUUCCGCGCCACCGUGACCAACGAGGGAACCUUCACCAUGGACGCCAAAACCCCGGCCAAGAUGAAACUCAGCUGGGACGGCAACUUGUUGAAGCAUAUGAUAUCGACUUACUUCGUGGUGGUGGACACAGACUACGACAACUACGCCGUUGACAUCGAGUGCCAGUCGUGGAAAAUCUUCAAGCGGAUCUCAGUCACCAUACUCAGCCGCACGGAUAAACUCAGCCAAGAGAUUAUAGACAAAGUGGAAAAAAUGCUGGAGGAGGAUUUCGAAAUAGACAUCUCUCGCCUCAGCACCGUCGACCAGUCUAAAUGUUUCAGCCCAGAUGAGGUCGACUACAAAGUCAAUAUCGACGAAAACGGCUUAAGCUUCCUUGGUCUCCUUAAUGAUAAGAAAUUAUUAACACUAGACAAUGCUAAGGAUGUGGAUGAAUAUCUGGGAAUCACUGACCCAACAAACUAAAUGGUUUGUUAAAGCUUGUUAUUAAGACAUGAAGGAUGUACACACCACGCAGUAUAAAUCUCAUACCAUGUCACUACCACACCCACACGAGUGGUGUAUAAGAGAAAUUACACUUACACCACCAUGUACACCUGGUAGCCACGAUCAACACAGUGCCAGAAGUACUGCAGUAUCACCUCUGUGUUAAACAAAUUGUCUAAUAAUUUUAUCCCGCAACUCCAGACGAGAGAUUUGGUACAAGAGUGUCUUAAAUGUUAACAGGUCGUGGAAGUGAGGCUCUUUUCUUCCCCCGUAAAGUACCAAGUCAUCACCUCAUUACCAGAAGAUGAUUCUGUAAUGUUAUUCAACCAGACUCAAGCUGAAUAUAUUUACAACUGUAUGAUGUAAGACGAUGCACAAUGUUAAGUUUCUUAUCUCAUGGUGUGUGUGUGUGUGUGUGUGUGUGCGUGCGUGUUAGGUCAUCCCUGCCCUGAUACACGGCUCAUUACUGAGUAAACUGGAGCUCUCAAAAUAAAAUCUUAAAAACUUA